AUGGAAAGGAGGAACAAUGUGACUGAGUUUAUCCUCCUGGGCCUCACCCAGAACCCAGAGGGCCAAAAGGUUCUGUAUGUCAUAUUUUUGCACACCUACAUUGUGACAGUGAUGGGCAAUCUGCUCAUCAUGGUGACCAUCAUGGCCAGCCAGUCCCUGUGUUCCCCUAUGUACUUUUUUCUUGCUUAUUUGUCAUUUAUAGAUACUGUCUAUUCUACUGCCAUUGCUCCUAAAAUGAUCAUUGACCUGCUCUAUGAAACAAAGACCAUUUCCUUCCAGGCUUGAAUGACUCAAGUCUUUAUAGAUCAUCUAUUUGCUGGGGCUGAGGUCAUUCUUCUGGUGGUGAUGGCCUAUGAUCGUUAUGUAGCCUUCUGUAAACCUCUUCAUUAUUUGACAAUCAUGAAUCGACGGAUAUGUGUUUUCAUGCUGUUGGGGGCCUGGAUUGGAGGCUUUCUUCACUCACUAAUUCAGUUCAUCUUCAUUUAUCAGCUCCCUUUCUGUGGCCCAAACAUCAUUGACAGCUUCGUGUGUGAUAUGUAUCCUUUGCUAAAGCUAGCUUGCACCAAUAUUUACGUCAUUGGGCUUUGUAUGAUCGCUAAUGGAGGGGAAAUUUGCACUGUCACCUUUAUAAUUCUCCUAGUUUCCUAUGCUGUCAUUUUUCAUUCCCUUAAAUCACAUAGUCUGGAAGGGAAGCACAAAGCUUUGUACACAUGUGCGGCCCACAUCACUGCAGUUGUUUUAGUCUGUGUUUUCUGCGUCUUCCUGUAUGCCAGGCCUACUUCCACAUUUCCCACUGGUAAGUCUGUGACUGCGGCUGUAACUUUUAUAACUCCAGUGCUGAACCCCUUGAUCUACUCACUGAGGAAUGCAGAAGUGAAAAAUGCCAUGAGAAGACUUUGGAGCAAAAAAAUCAAUCUCAUUUUUGAGAGGUCUAUAUAA